UAUUGUCAUAACAUAACAAUAACGUAACGUAAGUAUCCUUUUCUCUUAACUCUCACCUUCUUCUUUCCCACCGUUUCUUUCUCAGCUUAAAUAUUUCUCUUCUUUUCUUUUUCUCCCUUUGCUUGCUUCUCUUUAUCUCCUCUCCUUCAAGAUGGCAGAUAACAACACCACAACUCAAGAUUUUGAUGGUUCCUCUCAGAUUGUGGGGUUGAAGGGACGAAGCAAUCACGUGCAACCUGCCGUAGGGGAUCACAAAAGAGUGACUACUUCUACUGGUAACAAAUAUGGAGGACUUGCUCCAAAGAAGAAGCCUUUGAUUUCAAAGGAUCAUGAACGUGCCUUUUUUGACUCCGCAGACUGGGCUCUAUGCAAGCAAGGUGCAGGAGUUGAUCAAAAAUCAACGGUGGCUAUAGAAACAUUGCGUCCCAAAUUACAGAGAACAACUCAUCAACAAUUGCCUCCUAGAAGACCUGCUUGUACAUCUUGAUUCACAUGUGGUACCUUCAAAAUGCUGAUUUUGUUAUGUUAUUUGCUGGCUAAGUAGACAUAAUAUGUCACUAUAAAUACAUGGUUCUUUUCUUCGAUAUGGGACUUGGAUGUAAUCACCAAUAACUCUUUAAGAACUUUUGUUGCUUAAGCAUUUAUAAAUUAUUAUUUCCCACUUUU